UCGUCUGCCUCCUCUCGCCAGUCGCCAUGGCUCACCCACUCCGCUUGCUCGUCUUCGUCUUCCUCGUCGUCCAUGUUUCCCAUGUCUCCCCCCUUCCGCUCAGUACCUACGACGAUUCCAUGUGCUCGGAAUCAUUCAGUUGUGGCGGCGUUGAAAUCAGAUAUCCAUUCUAUCUGUCAACCGCGACACGAGCAGCACCCGAUUACGCAUCCAACUACUCGUGCGGCUACACCGACCUGAAGAUCUUCUGCGAAGGCGAGGGGAAAGCUAUAGCCCCGCUCCUUCAUCUCCAUGGAGAUACCUACACCAUCCUGAACAUCUCCUACGACGAUCGCCACAUGGUCCUCGCGGACACCGACGUGCUCCGCGGGAACUUAUGCCCCAGAGUGAGCCACAACGUGUCACUCGGCCAAGCGUGGCUGAGCUACACCGACUCCUUGGACAACCUGACGUUCUUCUUCGACUGCUACAACCCAGGCGAUCAGUCGCCUCCUGAUUUACCUGAUUACCAGAUAAACUGCAAAGGGUUCAGUGGAGACGGUGUUUCCUUCGUGUUCACCUCUGAGAAAGUCGACGUUUCUCAAGAGUACGACCUGGCUGGCCACUGCAAUCAUACUUUCGAGGUGCCGGUACAUAAAGAUCCUCUACUGGGAAGUGGUCUGCUCAAGUUGCCGACGGCGUACGGUGCCGUGCUUCAGAGGGGGUUCGAGCUGGAAUGGAACCCGGGCACAGAGCAAGUAUGCAACCUUUGCGAGCAGUCUGGCGGACGGUGCGCCUACAGCGCGAGCAAUCAAUUCCUUGGUUGCUUGUGCCCCGGUGGGAAGGUGGGCGUUCAGGAUUGCUACGGCGCCACACCUGCUUCCGCAUACCCCUCACCAAGAAAGAAAAAGGCCAGCAUAAAAAUAUAUACAAUAGCAGGCAUCUCAAGCAUAAUGAUGUGCCUGCUUUUGUUUGCAUUUUGGUUGGGCUACAAGAAGUACGGGCGCAAAAAUAAAUCAAAGGAAACAGCAAGAAUUGAGUCGUUCCUACAAAAGAAUGGAACUAUACAUCCAAAAAGAUACACUUAUGCACAAGUGAAAAGAAUGACGACAUCUUUUGCUGAAAAGCUAGGUCAAGGUGGAUUUGGUGCUGUUUACAGAGGCAGAUUCUCAGAUGGCCGUCAGAUAGCAGUGAAGAUGCUAAAGGACUACAAGACUGAUGGGGGGGAUUUCAUCAAUGAGGUGGCUAGCAUUAGUAGAACUUCUCAUGUUAACAUUGUUACUCUCAUAGGAUUUUGCUUGGAAGGAUCCAAAAGGGCGCUAAUUUAUGACUAUAUGCCUAAUGGUUCACUUGAAAAAUAUGCUUUCAAAGAUAACUCUCAAGGUGGAAAUACUUUAGGUUGGGAGAAAUUGUUUGAUAUAGCAGUUGGCAUUGCUCGAGGACUUGAGUAUCUCCACCGAGGAUGCAAUACUCGCAUCGUACAUUUCGAUAUCAAACCCCACAACAUUCUAUUGGAUCAAGAUUUCUUCCCUAAGAUUUCUGAUUUUGGAAUGGCAAAGUUGUGCGUAAAUAAAGAGAGUAUUAUCUCCAUCGGCGGUACAAGAGGAACAAUAGGAUAUAUUGCCCCAGAGGUUUUUUCAAAGCAUUUUGGAGCAGUGAGUAGCAAGUCUGAUGUCUAUAGCUAUGGAAUGAUGGUCCUUGAGAUGGUUGGAGCAAGGGAGAAGAAUAUCAAUGACAGUGAAUCUAGCAGCCAAUAUUUCCCGCAGUGGAUCUAUGAGAAUCUAGAUGAUUAUUGUGUGAGUGCUUCUGAGAUAAAUGGUGAAAUUACAGAGAUUGUAAGGAAGAUGAUAGUGGUUGGGCUGUGGUGUAUACAAGUAAGUCCUCCUAAUCGACCAACAAUGACUAGAGUCGUAGAGAUGCUAGAAGGGACCACAAGUGGCCUGAAGUUACCUCCUAAAGUGCUUUUAAGUUUUUAUGAAGAUCGUGCAAUGAGUUUGAGUUGAUAAGCCGAUAUGUUUGUAAUGUGUUGUUCAGUAGUUGCAAACCUGCAAUACUGCACAUGUUAGACAGUGGGAUAGAUUUAAAACCUACAUUUAGUGUUGAAUGGUCUGUAAACAGUGAUGGAACCAUGAACUGGGUUCAGUAUUCGGGCUUAUUCAAGUGACACUACAUUAUGGCAUAAUCUGGAUGAAAUUCGCUACACUCUUUUGCCCAGUUUUGGUUAGAUCAGUCGCUGAAGCCUGAUUCAUUACAUAUAGAACAUUUGGUUCAACUUGAAAUUUCAAAAUCUUUUCAAAUCAAUAUAGCUCAACAAAUAAGAUCUCUCCGGACGUGUGGACGCCAUCCACAAUCGUGUUUUAUUGCUUUAUGUGUGACUGUAUUCUAAUAUAUGUUUUACAAGCUGAAUAUUUCUUUGCUUUACAUGAACAAGUUCUACAAGUUGCUAUAACCUAGAUGGAAAUUUCCAUGU